CCCUACCCGGGCGGGCGCUUCUACGCCAAACCCCACCAGUGUGUGGCCAUCCCCGCCGACCUGCGGCUCUGCCACAGCGUGGGCUACGACAAGAUGGUGCUGCCCAACCUGCUGGACCAUGAGACCAUGGCCGAGGUGAAGCACCAGGCGAGCAGCUGGGUGCCCCUGCUCAACAAGAACUGCCACAUGGGCACCCAGGUCUUCCUCUGCUCCCUCUUUGCGCCCGUCUGCCUGGACCGGCCCGUCUACCCGUGCCGCUGGCUCUGCGAGGCCGUGCGUGACUCCUGCGAGCCCGUCAUGCAGUUCUUUGGCUUCUUCUGGCCUGAGAUGCUCAAGUGUGACCAGUUUCCCCAGGACGAUGUCUGCAUUGCCAUGACGGCUCCCAAUGCCACCGAGGUCUCCAGGCCCAAAGGAACGACGAUCUGUCCCCCUUGUGACAACGAGAUGAAGUCGGAGGCCAUCGUGGAGCACCUGUGUGCCAGCGAGUUUGCGCUUAAGAUGACUAUAAAGGAAGUGAAGAAGGAGAAUGGGGACAAGAUGAUUGUCCCACGGAAGAGGAAGGCGCUGAAGCUGGGGCCCAUCCGGAAGAAGAACCUGAAGAAGCUGGUGCUGUUCCUGAAGAACGGGGCUGACUGUCCCUGCCAUCAGCUGGACAACCUUGGCCACUACUUCCUCAUCAUGGGCCGCCAGGUGAAGACCCAGUACCUGCUGACAGCCAUCUACAAGUGGGACAAGAAGAACAAAGAGUUCAAGAAGUUCAUGAAGAAGAUGAAGUCUCCUGACUGCCCAACGUUUCCGUCCGUCUUCAAGUGA